AUGGCGGGGCUGCUGAAGACGAUCACUGGCCUGGUGGGGUUGGCUGUAUGUGACAGUCCGUACAAGGAGCCAGAUGUUAAAAAAUUAGAAGACCAACUUCAGGGUGGACAAAUUGAGGAAGUGAUUUUUCAGGCUGAAAAUGAACUGAGUCUGGCGAGAAAAAUGAUCACCAAUGGUUCUUGA